AUGCAUUCAACGUGGCAGCCCCCAAAGAACUAUCGCCAACGCCCUGUCGCCAUUCUUGGUGCAGGCGUGCUCGGUCGUAGACUUGCAUGCGUCUGGGCCUCAGCAGGGUACAAUAUCCAAGUCCGCGAUCCGAGUCCCCAGCAGCGCGAAGACUGCCUCGCCUACGUCAGGGAUAACGUGGCCUCAUACGCCGAGAGCACAGGCCAGGAGCCAGGCAGAGUAGAUGCAACCGACAGCCUCAAGGAUGCCGUGGACAAUGCCUGGCUGGUCAUCGAGGCCGUGCCGGAGAAGAUCCAGCUCAAGAUCAGCACGUUUGCCGAGCUCGAUGCCCUCGCGCCGGAUGACUGUAUCCUCGCGUCGAACUCCUCGUCGUACAAGUCGUCGGAGAUGCUUGAGAAGGUGGGAGAGGCGACGAAGGCCCGGAUCCUGAAUAUGCACUACUACAUGCCGCCGCAGUGUAUGAUUGUCGAGCUCAUGACGGAUGGGCACACCGCGGCUGAGAUCUUUCCGUUUAUGGUUGAGCGGUCCAAGGAGGCUGCGACGGUUCCGUAUGUUGCUCGGAAGGAGUCGACGGGGUUUAUCUUCAAUCGUCUGUGGGCGGCAGUCAAGCGGGAGGAGAUUGACUCAAUGUGGCAGGAGAUGUUUGUCAAGGGAGGAGUCUUGCCUUGCAAGACAAUGGAUGCUGUCGGCCUUGAUACCGUCGCGUUUAUCGAAGGCCAUUACAUUGCAGAGCGAGGUCUCUCGCCGGAGAAGACCGUCGACUUCCUCAAAGAGAACUAUCUCGACAAGGGUAAGCUCGGCAACAAAUGUGCAAACGGUGGUCUUUAUCCUGCAGCAUCGCCCUCGGCAAAUACCACUGUCCAACCCAAGAUCAUCGCCCUCGAUGUCGGUCUGUCUGCAGCAACCCCUGGUUUCACCGCAGGCCAGAUUGUCGAAUUCUCGGCCGACGGAAAGCUGCAACGAGUACUUGUCAAGGAUCAAGCCCUGCCAGACGGCUUGUCUGUUGAUUUCACUGCUAAACGCAUGUUCUGGACCAACAUGGGUGUACCAGGCAAGGACGACGGGACCGUCUACUCUGCCAGCCUUGACGGCUCAGACAUCAAGACGCUUGUUGCACCGGGGAAAACCAACACCCCAAAACAACUAGCACUGGAUCAGUCCGCUCAAAAGGUGUACUUCUCUGACCGGGAAGGACUACGCGUAUUCCGGUGCAACUACGACGGAGGUGAUCUUGAGGUCAUCGUCCAAACGGGCGAUUACCAACAACCAGAAGACAUGCAAGAUGCCACAAAGUGGUGUGUGGGCAUUGCUGUUUCCCCUCGGUUUGGCAAGUUCUACUGGACGCAGAAGGGAUUUUCAAAGAGCGGUAAGGGCAGGAUCUUCUGUGCUGGUAUUGACAUGCCCCAAGGUCAGACUGCCACAACUAGAGAUGAUAUCCGCUGUCUCUUGGAGGAUCUGCCGGAACCCAUUGAUCUGGAGGUAGACGAGGAGUCUGGCAGAUUGUACUGGACCGAUCGCGGUGAGCUUCCUUUUGGAAACUCGUUGAACCGGGUCUCGCUGAAGGAAACCGGCUCGGAGGUCGAACGGACUGAUCGUCUGGGAUAUGAGAUUCUCACACGGAAUCUGAACGAGGCAAUCGGUUUGAAGUUGGAUCUGGAACACGGGCAUAUCUACUUGACCGAUCUUGGGGGCAGCGUUUACCGGACGGACGCGGAUGGGAAGCAGAAGGUCAAGUUGUAUUCCGAUGAGAGCCGUGCUUUUACUGGAAUUGCUUUACUAUAG